AGAGUUGGGUGGGCGGGAGGGGGCCCUGCGCCCCUUUUUCGAAUAUCGUGCGAAACGGAGAUCAGCCCGACCUCUAUGGACCACCUGCGGGACUACUCGUUUGGCUUGAGUUCCCCCGGCGACCGACAGAGGGAGACUCCGCAUCGAAAGGAACGCCACUGCAUGUCCAUCCCGAAUACAUCCUCUCAGGACUUCCUUACUCCAUACUACAUGGCCGCUCGCAACUCCGUCUGCUCUGUCUCAGAUUACUCACUGCGACGACGACCAAUAACGCUGAAGAUAAUGCCGCGACUUGACUGGCACGGCGAUCGCGACCUCCGUCACGGCUCCGAGAAACCCUGUCGUUCCACCUCCGCUCCUGCGUCUACUGAGUCUGAUUGGCCCUUCGUAUCAAGGUAA